UGCGUGACAGUCAGUCAAAUCCCUGUGCUUCCCUCUUAGGUUCACUUCCCAGACACGGAAAGAGCAGAAUGGCUAAAUAAGACUGUAAAACAUAUGUGGCCUUUCAUUUGCCAAUUUAUAGAGAAGUUGUUUCGAGAAACCAUAGAGCCAGCUGUGCGGGGAGCAAACACCCACCUUAGCACCUUUAGUUUCACGAGAGUCGACGUGGGUCAGCAGCCCCUCAGGAUCAAUGGUGUCAAGGCAUACACUGAAAAUGUGGACAAAAGACAAAUUAUUUUGGACCUUCAGAUUAGUUUUGUAGGAAAUUGUGAGAUUGAUUUGGAGAUCAAGCGAUAUUUUUGUAGAGCCGGUGUGCAAAGUAUACAGAUUCAUGGCACAAUGCGAGUGAUCCUGGAACCGCUGAUUGGAGACAUGCCCUUAGUGGGAGCCUUGUCUAUCUUCUUCCUGAGGAAGCCACUUUUAGAAAUCAACUGGACAGGACUGACUAACCUUCUGGAUAUCCCGGGACUGAACGGUUUAUCAGAUACCAUCAUUUUGGAUAUAAUAUCAAACUAUCUGGUGCUUCCCAAUCGAAUCACUGUUCCUCUCGUCAGCGAAGUUCAAAUAGCUCAGUUGCGGUUUCCAAUACCAAAGGGUGUUCUAAGGGUGCAUUUCAUUGAAGCUCAGGACCUCCAGGGGAAGGACACUUACCUGAAGGGACUUGUCAAGGGAAAGUCAGACCCCUAUGGAGUGAUUCGAGUCGGCAAUCAGAUCUUCCAAAGCAAGGUCAUCAAAGAGAACCUGAGUCCAAAGUGGAACGAGGUGUACGAGGCCUUGGUCUAUGAGCAUCCUGGGCAGGAACUGGAGAUUGAGCUCUUUGAUGAAGACCCAGACAAGGAUGACUUUCUAGGAAGUCUCAUGAUUGAUCUGACCGAAGUGGAAAAGGAGCGCCUUCUAGAUGAAUGGUUCACGCUGGACGAGGUCCCCAGAGGAAAGCUGCACCUGAAACUGGAGUGGCUCACACUGAUGCCACACGCUGCUCACCUGGACCAGGUGCUGACAGACAUCAGGGCUGACAAAGACCAAGCCAGCGAUGGCCUUUCUUCUUCCUUGCUGAUCUUGUAUUUGGAUUCAGCGAGGAACCUUCCGUCUGGGAAGAAAAUAAACAGCAACCCCAACCCACUGGUGCAGAUGUCAGUUGGUCACAAGGCCCAGGAGAGCAAGAUUCGGUACAAAACCAAUGAACCUGUGUGGGAGGAAAACUUCACUUUUUUCAUUCACAAUCCGAAGCGCCAGGACCUUGAAGUUGAGGUCAAAGAUGAACAACAUCAGUGUUGCCUGGGGAACCUGAAGAUCCCACUCAGCCGUCUGCUCACCAGCGAUGACAUGACCAUGAACCAGCGAUUCCAGCUCAGUAAUUCAGGUCCAAACAGCACUCUGAAGAUGAAGGUCGCCCUCAGGGUACUCCACCUCGAAAAGCAAGACAGGUCUCCAGACCACCAGCACUCAGCUCAAGUAAAGCGACCCUCAGUUUCCAAAGGAGGGAGAAAAGUAUCUGUCAGGUCUCAGGUGUCCAUGUCACCAGGCGCUGGGGACAGCAGCCCAGCCCCGUCCACUCCAGUCCUUGGAGGCGGUGCGAAGUCCAGCGUGGAGGACAGAGCCCAGCCUGCGGAGACCAGCCCUCAGGGGCCUCGAGACCUGGGCAGAAGCGCCUCUAGCCUCCAUGGCGGCACCACCGGCUCCCCCAGCCACAUCUUCAUCAAGGAACCCACCCCCAGCAUAGCCUCGGACAUAUCGCUGCCCAUCGCCACGCAGGAGCUUCGGCAGAGGCUGCGGCAGCUUGAGAAUGGGACGACGCUGGGACAGUCUCCCCUGGGGCAGAUUCAGCUGACAAUCCGGCACAGCUCGCAGAGGAACAAGCUGGUGGUGGUCGUACACGCCUGCAGAAACCUCAUUGCCUUCUCUGAAGACGGCUCUGACCCCUACGUCCGCAUGUAUUUGUUGCCAGACAAGAGGAGGUCAGGGAGGAGAAAAACACACGUGUCCAAGAAAACACUGAACCCCGUGUUUGAUCAGAGCUUUGAGUUCAGCGUCUCGCUACCGGAAGUGCAGCGGAGAACGCUGGACGUCGCCGUGAAGAACAGCGGUGGCUUCCUGUCCAAAGACAAAGGGCUUCUUGGCAAAGUGUUGGUUGCUCUGGCGUCUGAAGAGCUCGCCAAAGGCUGGACCCAGUGGUAUGACCUCACAGAAGACGGGACGAGACCCCAUGUGGUGACGUAGGCCACGCUGGUCAGGGAGCUCCCUGGGUAUCUGCCACCCUGCGUGCUCGGAAGGCGCCUUCCCCACACACCAGUGCUAUUUUUAUACUUCAUGUUCUUCGCUUAUCGUUUUAUAUAACGUGGACAUUUUAAUCAUAUUUGGCCAAUGUUACUGUUAACUUUUGUAUGUCUGACUUCCUGUAGUAUUUCAGCAGUUACCACUGUGUACAAUAGGACGUAGUCACUGUGGUGUUGUGCUGGGCUCUGUCCAGGAGGCAGGUGUGUAUAUGCUUCGUUGUUACCUUGUUUUGUGUGUCACUGAGGCACACUGUGCCAUGUACAAAGACUCUAUUUUUUAUAAUCUCUAUAAACUGGUUUGAAUUCAGAAAAAAAUGGUUUAAGGAAAUAUAUAUUUUUUCUUCUAAGUCUUAUUAAAUUCUUAUGACAAAUAAUCAUUUUUGUCUUUGCAAGAAAAGUUCUCAGUGACUUAUUUUGCGCUGUUUCUUUUUUAAAAGAAAAGCUGAAAGAUUAUUAAAUAUUAGUAUAUCUCUAUCCAUAAUCAGUGAAAGAAAGUAUUCAAAAAAAUUAACUUUCAUAACUGUAAAAUGUGUUAUUGAGAAGUAUCUAAGUUGCAUAGACUAUUAAGAGGAUUAUCACAGUUCAUUAAUCAUAGUGUCCUAAUUUGAAACUUCUUACAUCCAUGAAAAUGUCGUUUUUUUUAAUUGCUUGUUGUAACUUAUUCAUGAAAUAGUGCACAUAAACACAAUUAUACUUUUUCUAAAAUAUAAUACAAAUUUUCAGUGUUAGCUGUUAGGUCAUUGUGAAAUAGUCUAUCAUGAGCUUUGUGGGUUUUCUGUGUUUUCCCAGCCUGUAAAGAAAGACAAGCUUAUGUUGUCACCGGAAAGGUUGCGAGGUAAAUCGGGGUAAGGAGAUAGGAAAUUGCAUUAAAAGCCGAUCACUGGUUCAUGCGUUCGUCGGUGUGACAUCGCGCAGGACAGAGGUCUGAGCUGGUCCUCGGCUCCAUUCUGCUCUCACGGCCGCAACCAGGGUGUCAGCACAGCGGCGCUUGGGUGAGAAUCACCAUUUCCUGGUUCCCUUACUUCAUGCCAUGACUGACCUCAAUAUUGUAAUAUUGUGACACAAUUAUUUUGGAAUAUAUUUUUCUUCUUAGAUUAUUAAAAGCAUGUUUUAUAUCCUGAA